AUGUAUCCUCUAAGAAUCGAUAGCACCAGCCAUCUUCUGAGCGCUUCACUCAUAUCCUUGGUGAACUUUAUCGCUAUAAGCUAUUUCUCCGAAUUCUACACCGUAUGUGUCAUUAAAAACUCGCCUGAUAACAUCCUACUCAACGUGCCAGUCCCAUCGGUGGUCAUUACAGUCGAUACGAACUUCAAUGAAACUCUCCAAACCGCCGUCGACGACGGUUGUCAAGCAUUCAUAGUAUCCGAACGGGCAUUGUUCACAUUCCUGGAUGCGUUUGUCGAGAUUCACGAUAUCUCGGAUCAACGAUCAGCCAACAAGAGACUGAUGAUUCUGAUGGACUCGUAUGAUCAAUCGUUUCUGGAUAGCAUUGUGAAGCACCGGAAUACGGUGGAGUUACCGAACGUGUUGAUUGCGAUUGCGGACCGAGUGAAUAAUUCCAUCGCUCUCUAUACCACGAAACUAUCCAACAAUGGAACGAGGAGCACCGUAACUGUGGAGAUCAAACCUGUCUAUGAUCCCGAUUACUUUCCGGAUAAGUUCAGCGACAUGAACGGUAUUCCGAUUCAUCUGUGUACGCUGAUGUAUCCACCGUAUUCGUAUUACGAAGAAACGGUACCGGAGAAAGCCAACGCUCGAUACGUGGCAUCAUUCAAAGAGGAUAUCCCUCUUUUCCUAGAUGGAACAGAGGUUUCCCUGAUUGUAGAGUUUUGCCGCAAAUAUAACUGCAAUGUUGAAGCCACUUUUGACGAGAUUUUCCAGUGGGGUGAAGUCUACGAUAACCAUACGGGGAAUGGUCUAGUCGGCUCAGUCGUCGAACGUCGCGCUGAUAUUGCUGUGGCAGCUAUCUACUACUGGCUAGAACCGUACAAGUUUGCUACGUACACUCAACCAAUAAGUCGAUCAGGAGUUACAGUCUUGGUCCCAAAACCUCGUAUUCUACCACCAUGGCGAACACCGUUCCUUUCCUUCACCUUGUCACUGUGGACCGCAGUACUCGUAGCAUUCUGCGUUGGCAUUUUGGCCGUAUGGUUGAUCGAAAAGGUUCGCUUGAGUAUUUUGCAACCAGAUGAACUGCCGGUCACGUUCAGUGACUCAGCGUUGAUGAUGAUCGGUUUCUACAUGGGGCAAAGUGCUCGAAUGCAGACCGAUCUGAUGUCAUGCAUUCUGCUGUUCACCUCACUACUGUUUGCCGGUUUUAUGGUCGGCAACAGCUACGGCGGUGGCUUGGCUGGUAUCAUGACCAUUCCACAGUACGAGAAAUCAAUCGAUACGACCGUGGAUUUGGCCAAUAGUGGAAUGAUGUGGGGAGCCACUGCUCUACCGUGGAUAUUCGCAAUUCUUGCAGCACCACAGCCUCACAUGAAAAAAUUGGUCACUUCAUACCGCGUUGUAAGUGACAAGUUCUUGAAUGAACACGCCAAGACUCAUGAUAUGGGAUUUGGUGGUGAGCGUACCGAGUUCCAACAUUUCGUACCGGCAGACUUCGUUGAUAGUGAGGCAUCCACCAUGCUGCAACUGCUGAAGGACGAUCUCUACUGGGGAAGUGUAGCCGCGAUGGUUACCAAGACUUGUCCGUUCAAGCAAAAGUUCAACGAUCUGAUCAUGCAGGUCAAGCAGUCCGGUAUACAAAAAUACUGGGAGCUACAGGCCGCCAAUCGCUAUUUGCACGGAACGAUUCAGUUGAACAUUCUGAACGCCCGCUCGGCUGGAUCGGAAGAUGGCGCUGUAAAGCUUACGAUUUCGCACUUUCUCGGCGCUUACAUGAUUCUGGCGGUUGGUUUGGGCACUGCAUCGUUGAUUUUUUUGUUGGAGAUAUCCCGAUCACGUAUGGCCAGUUUGGUUUAUAGAUGGAAGAUAAAUUUGCGCAAGAAGCUUUCUUUGCAUCACAGGAAAUAA